AUGAAGCAAUCUCUUUUUCUUGCAGCGGCAAUUGCCUUCUCCGGUGUGGCAGCAAAAUGCCUCCCACCAGUGGCACACGAAGGGACCCCUGUUGGUAAAGAAAUCAAGAACGAUGACAUCACUCUUUACGUCACGGGCAAAAAGUCCGACACAGCCGUCUUGUAUCUGACCGACGUUUUUGGGAUCCAGCUGCCUCAGAACAAACUGCUGGCUGAUAGCUUCGCUCGCGCGGGAUAUCUCACCAUCGCGCCCGAUCUGUUUAACGGAACUCCCGCCCCAGAGGAUAUCAAUGGCACGCCUUCAUUCAACUUGACUGAAUUUCUAUUCAACCAUCGUCCGGAGAUUAUUGACCCAGUUCUUACAUCGGUGAUCAAGUAUAUCCGCAGCAUCCCCACGGUCAAGAAAGUAGUGGCAACUGGGUACUGUUUCGGUGGACGAUAUGCAUUCCGCACGCUCUCAGAAGGUCAAGGCGUCGACGCGGGUUUUGCUGCUCAUCCCAGUCUCCUCGAGGACGGUGAGAUUGAAGCAAUCACAGGCCCAGUAUCAAUUGCUGCCGCAGAAACCGACAGCAUGCUUACGCCGGAAAGACGUGCUACAAUCGAAGCUUUGCUCAAAGAAACAGCUCAGCCAUAUUCAGUGGCGCUUUAUAGCGGAACAAACCAUGGGUUUGGCGUUCGAGGGAACAUCUCGAAUCCGGAGGAAAAGUACGGAAAGGAGCAGGCGUUUUAUCAAGCAGUGAGCUGGUUUGAUGCUUGGGCUUAG